AUGGAAUACAGCCAGCCGCGGGGGGAGGGACGACGCCCGCCUCAGCACAGUAUGGAGCCUGUUCUAUGCGCGAGAAACGCGCACGCGAGCGAGCGAGAUGGAAGAUGGAAUCGAGAGGCACGAGGGAAAGAGACGGAACUACGCCCGCCUAGCCCUAUUCCUAAUCAACGUACGAGCUUUCAUGCGACGAAUAAAGAAGAGGACACGGUCGAUAGAAUAGCACAAGCGCUAGAAAAGAUCGUGAAUAAACGUCCGGUGCCCCGCCAAGCCCACGAGCUGCCUACGUUCAGCGACGCCGCGACGGAAUGGCUACCCUUCAAGGCGGCCAUGCGGGAUUCUACGAUGAUGUAUAAGUAUUCAGACUACGAGAACCUCGCACGGCUACGGAACUGUCUACGAGGGAAAGCACAGGAGACAGUCGCCGCGCUGCUAUACUCACCGACUAGCCCCGACGAGAUUAUGCGAACACUGGAGCAAUGUUUUGGAAGACCAGAGAUGUUGAUCGAACGAGCGAUGGAAGAUAUAAAGAAGUUACCUAAGUCCGGUACGUCCGCGGGCGAAUUGAACACCCUCGCGGUCAAGUUGAAGAACAUCGUAUGCGUAUUAGGUGGCGUCGAUGAAAGAGGAUAUCUCCGAAACCCCAUGCUCACACGAGAGGUCAUCGAGAAGCUAAGCCCACAUCUCAAGUCUAGGUGGUAUGACUUCGCCUACGAACACGGAGACCCCUCGGAAGCCGAGAUAGCAACGCUGUCAAGAUUUUUGGAACGUGAGGCCGACCGUGCGAUACGAUUUUCAUACGCCACAUCACCCCAGUCGCUGAAGGAGACUUUCAACAAUCAAGAAAAGAAGUCGUUUUCACGUGAAAGGCCACGUAAAGACGUGAAAGUCUACGCAACCACUGAAACACCCACCGCACCGACCGUCGAGAGAGAAAAGGAAGCCGUCACAAAACGAUGUCUAUGCUGCGGCGGCAACCACGACGUACCCGAUUGUAAGAAAUACAAGAGGAUGACGGUCAACGAACGAUGGCAGUGGGUGAAAGAAGAGAAAAUAUGCUUCAAGUGCAUCAACGGAAAGCACAGGAGAUUCACAUGUAAAGCAAAGAGGUGCGGAAUAGAAACCUGUCUCUUACCUCACCACAGUACGUUGCAUAUGGACACGUCGCCCGCCGCAGCUACUCAACCGAAGUCACCGCCAGUAAACGAGGAAAAUGUCUUGUCCGCGUCGGCCAUUACAAGCGGCCCGGUCAAGGUGUUAUUGAAGGUGUGCCCGGUGGAGAUACGCGUACCGGGAGGACCGUCAUUGAAGAGGUACGCGCUACUAGACGAAGGCGCUACCAUCACGCUCAUGGACGAAGGCCUAGCGAACGACCUCGGCGCCAGAGGACAUGUGAGCCCGCUACACAUACACGGGGCCACAGCGAGUCAAAAGGAGACGCAAAGUCGAGUCGUCAAGAUUGAAUUUUCUGUGUUCCGAGACAUGAUCAUACUUGCGGAGACCAAAGAUGAAACGAAUGCACAGAUUCUGAAGUCUUUCAAGCUUAUUGACAAGCUCUUCAGUAGCAUCAAGGAAACAGGAGUCUGCGUAGUCAACGAUAGGAAGCAAGAGGCACAGGUCAUCAUUCAUGGCAGCAACAGCGGUAGCAACUUCGUCAACCAUAAAAUGAGAGUAAAGCUGCAGAUCAUCAGCAUAUAG